AUGCUUCUUCUAUCUGGCUUCGCAGUAGGGCUGUCACGGACGCCUCGCUCGAAAGGAACAGUGCUGGCCCUGAAGGGAAGCGAGGGAGAGCCUGCCAGUGGGGUCAGGGAACGGAGUACGGCGCCGCCAACUACAAUGAGUGCGCUUAUUAUUCCACAAGUAAUCCGGCUGAGCUGGAUUCGGCGAAUGAGGAUACAGAAGAGAAAAGAAAAGCCAAGGGAAAGGGUUCAACUGCUGCACAGCCCGAGCACGUGCCCGAGCCUGAUCCGGUGGGAGGACCCCGUGGCCGGCCGCUUCCGGCUGGUGGACAAGGACGAGGUGGCCAGGCUGUGGGGCGAGGUCAAAGGCAAUGGGGCCAUGAACUACAGUAAGCUGAGCCGCGCCAUGAGGUAUCAGUACAAGAUAAAAACUCUCAAGUGCGAGAAGAAAAAGUUAGAGUACAGUUUCGGGGAGAACGCGGACGGGUGGCAUGCGGAGAAUCCGAACUUUUCGCUGCUGGAACGGCACGCGUCGCGGGAGCAGCUGGACGAUAAUAACUGA